CAAAGGGAUAAAGUCUCUCUGUGACCAGCCUCUCUUGAGUUAAGACAGAAAAAUAACCUGAAAGGGAAAGGGAAGCGGACGGAUAACUUGUGGAGACCCUUCACUUCUAAAAGAGGGAAAAGCAAGGUUACCAAAAAUCCUCCUCUUAUCCUGGAAACAGCAUGGACUUGCAGUUUGUCUACGACCUUUUAGGGGAAAAUGCUUGGUCAUACAUCGGUGCUACCUUCGUGGUGUUGUGGUUUAUCGUGUGGCUGUACAGAGACAGCCUGGAGAUCGAGGAACUUACUGAAAAGUAUGUCUUUGUGACCGGCUGUGACUCUGGGUUUGGUAACCUGCUGUGUAAGAAGCUCGAUCGUAAAGGUUUCCGCGUGUUGGCCGGCUGCCUCACCGAAAAGGGAGCUGAUGACCUGAAGAGGGCAGCGGGGCCUUAUUUGAAGACUGUCCUGCUAGAUGUGGCAAGUCAGGACAGCAUCGAGAAAGCCAUGGAGUGGACCAAGAAGGAGGUUGGGGAUAAGGGACUUUGGGGUAUUGUCAACAAUGCCGGACGCUCGUUACCCAUGGGUCCUUCAGAGUGGAUGAGAGUGGAGGAUUUCCACAGCACACUGAAGGUCAACAUGAACGGAGUGAUUGGCAUGACGAUGACCUUCCUGCCCCUCAUCAAAAAGGCUCGGGGCCGAAUUGUAAAUGUAGCAUCGGUUCUGGGUAGGGUGGCUGCGAAUGGUGGUGGAUACUGCAUUUCCAAGUUUGCAGUGGAAUCUUUCUCUGACUGCCUCAGGAGAGAUAUCAACUAUUUUGGAAUCAAUGUGUGCAUCAUUGAGCCGGGAUUUUUCAAGACUGCUGUGACAAGCUUGGACCCCCUGGAGAGGGAGCUGCACCGCCUCUGGAACCAGCUCACCCCUGAAGUCCAAGCCAGCUACGGAGACAAGUACCUUGAUAAAUACAUCAAGGUCCAGCGUUUUAUCAUGAAUGCAGUCUGCGACACCGACCUCUCCAAGGUGACCGGCUGCAUGGAGCAUGCUCUGACGGCUGCCUACCCACGAACCAGGUACAGCCCCGGCUGGGACGCCAAGCUGCUGUGGAUCCCCCUCUCUUACAUGCCCGCCUGUGUGGUCGACAUCGGGCUGAGGCUGGUGCUGCCUCGCCCGUCAAAGAGCGUGUAAAUCAUGCUGACUUUAAAGAAACUUGUUCAAAAUUAUCAGCUUUUAUUUCAUUUUAAUGCAAUGCAGAGGUUGAUAUCAAUUAAUUAAUUAAUUCAUAUAUUGCCUUUCAAAAUACCCAUAUUCCUUAUCUAUAUUGUCCAUGCAAUACUCUGAUGCUGUUAUUAUUUCAUAUGUGCAUAAUCUGCCAUGUAAAGGUUUUUUUCCCUGAUGUUUCCUUAAGACAUGUACACAAUAUGAGAGAAAAUGGUGAAACUGUAUUGUAUAUUUUACUGUUUAAUUCAUUUUCUUGUAAAUUCAUGCUGUGCCUUUUGACGCUGUUAUUUAUGUUCCUUGAUAUGGAUGCUGUUAACAAUCAGAGGCUUAAUUUAAGAGGAUUUUAUAAUCAAUAAACUCUCUGAAUGCUAAGAUCUGUUUAACGUGGACACAAAUGAAAAUAAAUGGCAUAAAGCUUUAUGAUUUACACACAACAAUUUGCAGCCACAGCACAAUGAUUUCUGAAUAGCCUUGUUGAAUGUAAAUGUAUCAACGCACACAUGCUAACGUAUUGAUUUAAUUAUUUUAAUUGUUGUUGCUCUACUCUGGGUGGCCAAACACUCUAUUGCCCUGAGGCUUGAAUGAUUUUACAUUCAAAAUCUAAAAGUAGGUUAUAAAUAAACAUGUGAUAUACUGUGGUGUUAUUAAAUCACUGAUUUUAGCCAUUGUGUUGCUGUAAAAGCAACUAAAAAAGUGUUUUCUGGUCACUACUAAGUCACUAAGUGUUUGUCUAUGAAAACAAUCUAAACUUUUACUUGUAUUAAUCUUUAUAACGUGCUUCUUUGCGCACAGUUCUUAAGGCUAUCAGUUAGGUAUCAGUUAAGCCAUUGAAGGAAUGUCCUAAACAGGUUCAGCUGUUG